AUGCAGGCAGAGACAGGGUGGACAAAAGAACACGUGUUUGUCUUCACUCCGGCCUUGGAGAAGAAGCUGGUAUGGGUGCCUGUCAGUGCCAUCCUGGUGACUACCCCAACGGAAACGCUCAUGGGUCCCCUGGGAAAGAGCGUUAUUCUUCCGUGUAAUUACAGCACUGUGGCCUCGGACCGAAAUGGAUUCAUCCAGUGGAACAAACUCCUCAGGAGUCAUACGGAGAAGGUGUUCAUCUGGGUCUUUUCCAAAGAAGAAGUCACCUUUGGUGAACGUUAUGUGAACCGUGUCAAGCUGCUGAGCGACCCUGCACAGUCAGAUGCCUCCAUCAUCAUUGACCAGCUGACCAUGGAUGACAAUGGCACCUAUGAGUGCUCAGUGUCUUUGAUAUCAGACAUGACCGGCGUAUCCCAGUCUCGUGUCCACCUCCAGGUGUUCUACUCCAGGAUGUCCGGGGACAUCACCAUAUACCUGGUUGCUGCCGGCAUCGUGGUAGGGGUCAUCAUCCUCGGCAUCAUCAUCUACUGCUGCCUGUCCCGGAACAAGAGUAGGAGCAAGGGCAGUGCCAAGGGUGGGGUACCCUUGCCCUUGAGGAAACAAGCCCUGGAGUUCCUUCAGUUUGGUGUCCCUUUGCAGAGGGACAGGGAGCGCAAAGUCCACUGGGAGGCUCCAGAUCAGGUGAGUGAGAUUUCCGGAAGGCAGUAUGAGGACGACAACUAUGAGCACGAAGACGGGCCGCACUACGGGCACAGAGAGGAGCAGGACAGGAGAAACCCUGACCUGCUGACCAACUAUGACUCUGAUGAGUGA